GUUUUGAUAAUUGAGUACUCAAACUACAGAAUGGGGGAAAACAGUUAAGUUUGACUUGCUAUUUACACCUAUUUAUUUAUUUUCCUCAUGGCGGCACCUUACAAGGUGAUUGUGAGUAAAAUCACAUGUUACAACAAUGUAGUAUUGGACAAUCGACUGCAGAAUGUAAUUCAUUAUUGUCCAGGUGCUUGCCAGGCUCAUCGAUUUGGAGUCCAGUGUCUGGUGGCCCAUCACACUGUGUGUUCAGAACUUCUAAAAGCUCCGGAGACCACUUUGAGCCAUGGUGGGGAUGUUACAAAUAAAAUCACAGUUGGAGAAAGUGCGUUUUGUGGUGAGGACUAUGCUCACUUAAACCCCCGGGUUAAAAAAGCCUCUACUGUACAGAGUACCAGCAGCUUAAAGGACAUAACGGGUGAAGCCAUCAAUCUUGCUAGUGGAAAAGCCAAGGAAUUUUCCUUUGAAAAGCUAAAGAAUGCUCCAAACCAGCAUGUCAACUUCAGGAAAGGACGUAAAGUCCGUCCUGAGUCCUUUGGUAGAAGGUCAGCUGAUUAUGACUUUAUAUUCGGUCAGCUUGGCAACAAUGAGAACUGCCCUCCCCUUGGUUUGUUACAAGUAUCAGAGGAAAAAGCAUUAUUGGCACAUGGUACAUCUUUGGAACAAAGCAUUAACAACAUGGCCACAUUAUAUCUCCAAGAACUGUCUGAGGAAAAUCUCAUAAACCACAUCCUGAAGAAGCACAAACUUGAUGGUUCAGGAUCUGGAGAAGACAUAAAAAUGUGCUUGGACAUACUGCUCAAAUGUUCUGAAGAUUUAAAGAAAUGCACCCAUAUAAUCAAACAGUGUAUCAAAAAUAGAUCAGUGGGAGGGAACAGCAGUAGUAUGGGGGAGGGAAAAGGUGCUGACCAUUUUCCAAAUCCUGAAAUUAUUUAUAUGAAUGUGAUGGCAAGACUGUCAUCCUAUCUGAAAAAGCUUCCCUUUGAAAUGGAACAAGGACUCACUGAACCUAGUGAUCUGGCUGAACUCGUAAAAAGCUUAAAUAGUCUACAGCAGCAUCCAUUUUCACCAAUAUAUGGUCAUGAACAGCCUCCUAAAUAUGAAGAUGUUGUCCAGUCACCUCCUUCUCUGAAAGCCAUUUCUUCAUCUUCUAGUGAAAAACAAGAAUCAAUGCCACAAAGCACCAAUGAUAGCACAGUAAGAACGACUCCUGAAAUUGCCCCUCCCCUGCCUGCAAAAACUUGGCAAAGAGGCAACAGACAAAUCCCGGCAAGUUCUGUAAAAAAUUACUCUUCAUCGUCUCAGCAAACCAUGCCCCCAGCACAAAUGCCCAGGAGUUCAGUUGAGAAACUUUUCAUUGAAGAAGAUUCAGAUUCCCAUACUGCUCUUAGUUACCAUAAGAGGUCACCAAGUGCACCAAACUUAUCAACAUUGUCAGACAGCAGACGCUGGCCCAGUGAAAGUCGGCUUUCUCAGAAAUCAUCUGAUGUUCAACAUCCUGUAGAGAUGACUCUGAAGUUUUCUAGCAGUUCAUCUCAUUCUCCUUCUAGUAAUGGGAGUACUAAAGCAGUCAUACCCCAAUGUAAAGGCAAUACAGGAAUGCCACCUAAAGUGGUUAGAAGCAAUGAUCAUGAGGAAAUUGACAAACUACUUUUGGACUUGGAGCGGUUUUCUCAGAAAAUUGAGAACACUUUGAAAAACCCGCCACUUUCCUCAACUGCUCACUCUAGAGUGCAGCAUGGGUCAUCCGUCCCUGAGGAGCACAACUUACAAUCAGCUUCAUCAGCACAGGCAACGGGAACAACCACAAAUAAAUCAGAGGAAGAUGACAAUCUUUUGUCUCGUAUUUUGGGCAGCAUUGAGGACUUUGCCCAGGAGCUUGUAGACUGGCGGUCAGGGAGAGGAACCCUGUCAAAACAAAAGGAAGUCAUGCAAAUCCUUCAAGAAACCAUAGUACCUCAGAGCCCAUUGCCCUCCCCAAGUAGCCAAAAUCUAUUCAAAGACUCUGGGUCCACUUUGUCAAUUCAGCAGACACCUGAGGUAGUCAAGGUACAGAACAAGCAGGAGAAGAAACCAGGGACCCCUCCUCCUGUCCCCGUCACCCCUCCAGUAAUUACACGCCCUGCUUCCCCCCCACCUGCCAACAAAGUAACAGUCGCCCCUUCCCUGUCUGUAAACAUUCCACGAUUUUACUUCCCCAGAGGACUGCCCAACCCCACCAACAACCACGAGGACAUCAUCACCAAGGCUGAAGCUACCUUUGCCAGUAUGGAGGAUGAAAAGGCAGAUAUUUAUGAAAUGGGGAAGGUUGCCAAGAUAUGUGGUUGUCCGCUGUACUGGAAAGCAGCCCUGUUUAAUGCGGCCGGAGGAGAGAGGACGGGAUUUGUGUCUGUACAUUCAUUUAUUGCAAUGUGUAGAAAGUUGCUAAAGAACUGUCAUGAUGACACUUCCAAAUUCAUCUACCUUUUAGCAAAACCAGGCUGCAGCUAUUUAGAGCAAGAAGACUUCAUCCCUCUCCUGCAGGACAUUGUGGACACACAUCCUGGAUUAACAUUUCUCAAGGAAGCACCUGAAUUUCACUCCCGUUACAUAACGACGGUCAUUCAGAGAAUAUUCUACACCGUAAACAGGUCAUGGUCUGGAAGAAUCUCCCCUACAGAGCUUCGCAGAAGUAACUUACUUCAGACGCUGGCUCUGCUGGAGGAAGAGGAUGACGUUAACCAAGUGACAGAUUACUUUUCCUAUGAACACUUCUAUGUCAUCUACUGCAAGUUCUGGGAACUGGAUACUGAUCACGAUUUGUUCGUUGACCAGAAGGACUUGGCAAGAUAUAAUGACCAUGCCUCUUCAAACAGAAUAAUCGAGCGGAUAUUUUCUGGAGCUGUAACUCGGGGGAAUGCUGUGCAGAGGGAGGGCAGGAUGAGCUAUGCAGAGUUUGUCUGGUUCCUGAUCUCCGAGGAAGACAAGAAAAACCAGACCAGCAUUGAAUACUGGUUCCGCUGCAUGGACCUGGAUGGAGAUGGUGUGUUAUCAAUGUAUGAACUGGAGUAUUUUUAUGAGGAGCAGUGUGAAAAGAUGGAGACCAUGGGCAUCGAGCCGCUACCCUUCCAGGACUUGUUGUGUCAGCUCCUGGACCUGGUGAAACCAGAAGAAGAAGGUCGAAUAACACUGAAAGACCUGAAGCGAUGUCGAAUGGCUCACAUCUUUUUUGACACAUGCUUUAACCUUGAGAAAUACCUGGACCAUGAGCAGAGAGAUCCCUUUGCAGUGCAAAAGGACAUAGACAAUGAAACACCAGAGCCAUCAGACUGGGACAGAUAUGCAGCAGAAGAAUAUGAGAUCCUAGUUGCUGAGGAAACUGCUACUGAACACUUACAAGAGGGGUCUUUUGAGGACGACUACGAGGGAGAGGACAUCAUCUCUGCUCCCGAAAUCACCAACAAGAUGGAUAAACUGGUCAUUUCUGACCUUUCCGCAUGAGGACAGUCCCCAUCUCUCUACUGGACAAUCAGACCGAGCUGUAUUUUAAGGACUGAACCCUGGCCGGGGGGCAGACAUACAGGGGAAAUAUAGAAAUAUAUUUUUUAUGUUUUUGUGAAAAGAUUUGCUUUGUUUUUGUAAGACGCUCUGGAACUUGUUCUGCUUGUAUUUCCUGCAUUGUGUGCGCACACGAUUGCUGUCCAAUGAACAAAAGCCAUGAUGUGCAAUAUGUCUUAAUAACUGUGCCACAGCUGUAGAGGAACCAAUCAGAAGCUUCAUUUCAGGGCUUUUACUCAUUGGUGAGAUACUGCCAAGGAUGUUUUUUUUUU